ACACAAUAAUAAUAAUCAUAAUGGCGAAGAACAAGAUUCACCCUCAAGAACUUGCUCCUUCUAAUCCUCCUCUUACUCUUUCUGCAAAGGGAGAAACAUAUACACUGUGGAUGAAAUCGUUAGUGUUCCACUCCAAUGGUUGCACUGUGUAUGAUUCCAAGGGUGACAUAGUGUACCGUGUCGAUAACUAUGACCGAAAAGGUACAAGAGAAGUUAACCUCAUGGAUCUUAGAGGCAGAGUUCUCUGCACCAUACACAAGAGAUUAAUAGCUUUGGGACGACGAUGGGAAGGGUACAGAUCAUGCAAUAGCAGUAGUAGUGAUAUUGAGGAGAGGCCAUGGUUCCAAGUGAAGAGAAAGAAGAUGAUGAUGAUGAAGAAGAAGAAGAAGAAGGAGAAAGUAGCGUGCGAAAUAAGGGUAGGGUGUGUUGAAUACUGCAUAGUGAGAAAUAGUGAGAAAGAAGCAGCAUAUCGGAUAGUAAACAAAGACGGAAAUGUCAUUGCAGAGGCAAAGCAGAAGCACUCAUCGUCAGGGGUAGUUUUGGGAAAUGAUGUUCUAACUUUGGAUGUGGCUCCUAACACAGAUCAUUCACUUGUUAUGGCUUUGGUUACCGCAUAUGGAUUGAUAUGCGGCACAAUGUAAAUUAUUCAAUUCUAUCUAUUCUCUGCUUUUGUAUAUUUUUCAACAUCACAUACAAGUUUUGUAAUAUUCAGAUUU